CCUUGAGCUGUCUCGCUGUAAAGUUGGGUUGUGCGUUGAAAAGAUUAUUUGUUGUUUACCAUUUACUUGUCAAACUGGUCGGUUUACGUUUUGUGUAAAUGGUAAGUAAAAUUCAGGACUGGUAAAUUUUGUCCCGGAAUUGCGUUUACCAUCUGUACAAUUCAGUUCCAUGUAUCGAAAAACGGCUGCGAAGGCUUGAAAUUAGUAUCAAACGAUAGGACUCGAAUUUCCGUGAGCAACAUUCCAUAUGGAAAAACCUUUCCUGAUGUUCCGCUGCUCCCGGAGUUCCGCCGGUAUGACCCAAAACGGUGUGAUCCAUUUACUUUCCAAUCAGAUUUUCCGCAAACUUUUUCUAAAUAGGUAGUCAAGUGUUCAAGCCCUUUAAAUUCGGCUGAGUGCUUUUUAGACAAAAAGUAUUUAUUUUUUUGCUAACUAUUUGUGAUUGUCUUUUUCCUUUUUUGUCCUUUUUUAGGUGGAUUCUCAUCCAGUUUGGGUUCGUGCGAAAGAGAAGUUUGAAGAGAAAGUUGCUGAGGUUUUAAAACGAAAUGUUAAAAAACACGUUGACCUCUGAACUCAUCCAUUGGAAAAACUCAAACAUAAAGUUUUUGUAACUUUAGUUGGUUAAUAGGUAACCACUUUCCAUAUAACGUGAAUAACGUGAGGGAAUGUCAGAUUUUCACUUAAUUUAUUCUACUUUAAAUAGGAAAGCAAUGUCAUUUCAUUCUCUGUAACAUUCAGGGAUUAUUUUUGAAGGGUUGAGUAGCAAAAUGGUGCGAGUGACGUUUUUCUAUUUUUAUUAUGUGAUGAGGAAAAGUUAUUCUUGAUAUCACUGCAAAAUUGUCACCGUUUUUCGAUUAGCUCUUCAGUUACUUAUUUCAUGCUCUCGUGAUAAACUGUAUUUCAAAACAACUUGCACUACAUAAUUUCUUUGAAUAGACUGUUCCUUUAGACAAGGAAACCCAAAUAGAGGACUGGAAACAGUCUAAAUGUAUAAUAUACGAUAGAAAUUUAGAAUACUCUUAAACUUAAAAUGUUGGAAGUAGCUUACCAAGAA